ACAUCCGCUUCGUUCCGCUCUUCAAAUUCUUUACACGAGGCGUUUUAAAAUUUGCCGAGCUUUCAUCGUUGUUUGCAGUUUUCUCACGGGUCAAACGCAUAUUGCUGUUUUACAAACAUUUCAAGCUAUCCGUGACAUCUCCUGGGUUUCAAACAAGAGGCCUUUUUUUGGACAUUAUGCGGCUUUUUUCACCGUGCAGGUGGUAGUGUAUCGUAAACAGACUUGGGGUCGGUGCAUAACCACAAAGCCGGAUUCCACUCAUCUCCCUUCACUACGAAUUACGAAACGCCCAAAUCGUGAACAACGAAGAGUACUUUCGAGGGCGAAGGUCGUUUUAGUGGUUAUCUUGUCUAAAUUUUGCUGCACAAUAUCGGACCAAGGACUGUAAAAUCAAUAUAUAGUAUUUUAUAGGUGACGAAAUCUGCUUCAUUCAAUACGGACGUCGUCUGACUCGAGCAAUUCAGCACGUUUGUUCGUUCACCGUAUCUCGUGCGCCGGUAAAGCGAUCGAAUUUGUGGCGUUUUGUAAGAAGAUGAAUGGUAGUAUUCUUUUGAAUGGAAGUCAGAGAUCAGAAUUAGUUAUUUUAGUCAAGGGAAAACGAUAUAGACCUGUUAUGGCUUCUGCUCCCGCAAACAAGGAAAAUGUCUCUCCUGAGAAAGACAUGGAGUGUUUGUCAGACAGUUUCCAAAAGAGUCUUACAAUGAAUCAUGUCGAGAAAGAUGGACGUUAUUUUCUGGAUGUAAUGGAGAAGGAAAGCGAACGAUUAACGCGGCUUUGUCAAAUUGCAGAACAAGAGAUGGAGAGUAAAUCGCUUCCAGAAGACGCAUGUGGGAAAAUUAGAGCAGCCAAUGGCAAGGCCAAGCUUUUGGUCAAUAAAAAGUUCAAGCAAUUCAAAGGACUAUGUGAUACAAACUUGGGUGUUGGUGAAACAAAUGGUAGAAGGCCUACCAAUGGGGAUCUUGCAGGUUUCUGGGAUAUGGUUAUGAUUCAGGUUGAUGAUGUGAACAGCAUGUUCUCCAAGAUUGAUGAACUACGUAAAAAUGGAUGGACCCUACCACAGACAUCUACUGAUGAGACUGAUUUUUCAAAACGCUCUUCAUUAACACGUCAGUCGUCACUAACGAGGCAAUCAUCAGUAGGGAAAGGUUCGAUAAGGAGGCAAAAAUCCAAAGAAGAAGUGAAAGCUUCUGAGGCUGAGCAGCGAGCAGCAGCACGACAAAGGUUAGCUGCUGCAAAACGAACAGCAAGACAAAGGAUGCAACAGAAAAGUAAUCCUCUGGACAAUGUAGAAAUAUUUUGUUCACCAAAAAAGUAAAGUAGUUAUUUGAAAGAGAAUGUUAAGAGUCAGAGUAUAGUUUUAGAAGCAUAUUUAUUGAAGAAUUUUUUUAAAUUGGAGUACUGUAAGAUGCCAUUUAAAGUUAUUACUGAAGGUCUUUUCCAAUUUGCCAAAAUAAAUACAUAGUUAAAUGAUAAGAAUUAAUUUGUAAAGCUUUCAGUGCACAGGAUGUUAACUUAUUAUCAGGAUUUUCAUCUCUAAAGUUUGACAGAUACUUGUUUUGAAGGACUGUGAAAAAAGCUCAAGCCACAUUGACAUGUAGUUAUUAUUGUCACUUCAUUUAAACAACGGAGUAUGAAGAAAUAUGCUUUGAUAAUCAUAUAGUUUUUAUCUCUACUUCUAAAAUAGAUCAAUGGAAUUUAACUCUGAUCAUUUUUUUAAGGUUCUGAAGAGUAAGCUGAUGGUUUAAAAAAUUGUCUUAAUUGUGCUCAUAAGAAAAAACUUGGUCCUAUCUUUUCCAUCUCUUGACAAUAUGUUUCAAAACAGAAGUUUUUUGUCAACUGUGAGUCAUUUGGGCUUGUAAAUUUAUGUUCAUGUAGUUCAGAUUACUGAGUUGUUUUCAAAAUGGUGGCAACCAUAGUUGAAUUUUUAGCAUGUUUGUAGAUCAUUUUGAAUAUUCAGGUUACUCUUUGAAAUCCUAAAACAUGGCCAGUACCAGCAAUUUUUAUAUAUACUUUGAAAUGGCAGCGAUAAAAAUUAUCUGGUUUCGUAAGCAUGCUUCUUUAAUUUUGCAUAUCUGACCAGUGAUCUAUACUUUUAGCCUCUAAACAUUGGUCUUUAUUGAGCUAACGCCCCCUGCUAGGUGAGUUUUCUUUCAUCUCAUUAGCCAUUUCCUUGGCAAUGAAAUUUGAAGAAAGAGAAAUGUUACCUAUUAAUUAUUCUUUGAAGUUAAAAGGCUAAGAUGUUAAUUUAAUACAAGGGUGUAGAGGUGUUUGGUGUUACUUAAGUCUUGAAGACAUGGCUACACUCAGAAAAACAAUAUGUAAGGCCAAAUUACAACUCUUGAAAUUUCAUGUUCACCAUUAACUCAUAAUUCAUUAGUGGAAUCAUAUCGCAUAUGGGGAAUGUAAAUAUGGGCAGUGGAACAUGAUAAGAAAUUUCUGCUUCUAAUUUCCAUUUUUACUUGGUCUUUACAGAUGUGUGCAUUAUAACUUUAAACAUUAUAUUAUGAACAUUUUUGAGAUCAGUGUUGAAAAAAAUAUAUUUAUUUGCAUUUUUUUGUUGGUGGAGAAAUAUGAGAACGUUGGUGUACCACUUAUGUCCUGCUAGUGAAAGUAGCUUCAGAGUACAGUUUUCUCAUGCCUUUUGUAGUUGUGGACAUAGUGGAAGGAAUGUGAACCCCAUUAUCUCACUUUAAGGGAUAGUUUGGAAAAAAAUUUAAAGAGAGGUUUCAAAGCUGUAUUACAGUGAGGUGAAAUUUUAGAUACUCUUUUGUAAAUUAUAAAAACUAGUUUAUAGUCUUUGUGUUCUACUAUUAAUUUUUUUUGUUCUUACCAGUAAGUUUAGAUUAAGGAGGGGAAGUGUUAACAACAACCCUACAUGAUUAUUUAUCGUGUUAAAAUAAAUUUGUUGUGCAAUGGCUUUUUUAGUGUAGGUCCCUGGAUCAAUUUAGAGUUGUUUUGUCAGAAGUAAGAAUAUCCAUAUAAAUAAAGCAGCUGAAUAAAUCUGAAUAAAUUCAGGUGUCUUUUUAGAGCAAUGUAAAUUUUCUUCACAGUGUUGAUUUGUCAUCAAUGCUUGUGAUUUGAACACCAAGUUGCCAGGGCUGUCUUGUGACAAAGUGUAUGGCAGACAGUGAAGAAAACUACUUUCAAGGUCUUUAGGUGAAAGUGUCAAUCAUUCAAAGUCUAAGCAAUAACUAAUAUUGAUGUAUCUGCCACCUUCCAGUGUGACUGUUCUUAGCACUUCUCAGCCGAGAUCUUAACUUAACAAGUCAUUGAGUUUGUUAGUAUUUAUUGUAAACAAUGAGUAAAUCUCACAGAUUACUUCAAUGUUGUCAGCAAAGAUUAUUCUUUCAAAGUUCAUUUUAAAUAUUGUAAUUUUCCACCUAGAGAAUCUUGUGUUGAUGGAAGGAGUAGUUGUGUAUGCAUAAGUUUAAUCUCAAUUUUACAGGUUUGUAUAAUUUUGAAGUUUAUUGAACUACUUUGCAAACUUUGCUUGUAAAAAAAAUGGUUAUAUCUCCUUCAAAAUUAGAAGCAGAAUCAAUGGAAUUGCAUGCUUCAUGUUGCUUGUUUGAAUUUAUCAUUCUAAGAUUUUUCAUUUUGUCUUUAUCAUAUUAAUCAUAAUUAUCAUGACACUCUGGCUAGUAUGUAGUCAAGAAAUGGAGAGGAUAAAAUAAAGUUGUUUCUAUUGGGA